AUGAGAUCAAUAAAUAGAAUCGAGAUGUUUCUAAAUGGAACUAUUAAAGCUCCGUGCCAUCUAUUUUCUAUGGGUCAUAAUAUUCAUGCAACUACCGUAUUCUUUCUCCGUGUCUCCAUUCGAAUGGGACUGUUGACUUCCACUUCAUUAAUUCUGCGAAUUCCAGAUCUUCGCCGUCUUCUCAACUAUGAGAAAUUAGUUCAUCAAGCGGAACUUUUCCGUCACAACUGGUGUGAGGAAGUUGAAGACAAAGAGGAUCGAUUGAAUAUUCUAGAAAGAAACCGACUGUUUGAUACUUCACUCCUUGAAGGAAAUAUUGAUGAACCUGGAACGAUUCGAGAGAAAUCUCAAGAAUCGAUAAGAAGUGAAGAAAGGCUACUAGGAGAGCAAAAAGAUGAAGAACUCCUCGGACUUUUUCCGCGCGAUAAAUUGGCAACGUUCCCAACCCCCGUAAGAAUGAGAUUUGAGCUUUAUGUGCUAUUGAUUUGCACGUUUCCUGUGAUCUGGCUAAUUCUUCUUUUCGAAAUGACUCUUCACACAACUGGACAUAAUACACGGCAUCUUUUUAGUGAUGAUAAUUAUGCCUUCGCUUGGAUGUAUGAGAUUCUGAGUGCACACAGAAAGUUGAUGGAUGUUAAAGAUUCGCGUCACAAAUGUAUGGGAACAAUGCGAGAUUUGAAAUCUGGAUUGAGUAGCAGUGUGAUGACAAUCCUUAAGGUUUUUGUAUGGGAUAGAUCUAUCGGCUCCAAUAUUGUUCCAAUUUGUAUCUCUAUUCUUUCUUUGGGAAUCCUCAUGGAUCUCGGCCUUCAAGGCUUAUUUUCAUGUCGAUUGAACCAUCGGGAGAGAUAUAAUAGUGAAAAACGAUACAUCUACUUCUACAAUGUUGGCAACAAAUACUUCAUCUCCUUUUUUGUAUUCUCUAUUUUUCUGGCGAUUGCCCUGAUGACGGAGCAAUUUUUCUGGAAACCGGAUAGAAAUGGAAGGCUUUCAUGA